UCAAGUAGCACUGGUUUUGAAGGCCUGUAAGGGUCGUGGAGAGGCUCAGCGCUGUGAGAAGCCAGGAGAGAUCAUUGGUGAAGGUGCAGCCUCAGUAGCGUUUGAAGCCCCAGGAUUGAAGGGGUCAUGGAUACAAGUCUAGGCUUGGCACCUUGAAGAGAGUCCAAGAGAGGCUACUUGUGAACGUGCAGCCCAGUUGCAAUCUAAGACCCAAGCAUUUUGAAAAUACCAGUACCUUGGGAUGGCCACCAAGAAUAGCAGCAGCAGUGGGGUGGAGCCUGCCUAACCCUAGAAGACAAGCUGUAAGUGAGCUGCAGAGGGCAGAGCCAGAGAAGUGACCCAAGCCCCUUGGAGGAGCCUGGAAGAUCAUUCCUCCUGCUGAAGAGAGGAAAUCUCAUCCAAGGCCACAAUGUCACUUCCAGAUUAUCCGUUCACUGCCUGCUUAAGCUAACACUGCCAGAACCCUGCUCCCUUGGGAGGAAUCAAGCUGACUUGGCAUGAGGGUCCUGCCUUCCUGGGGUUGAGAGAAGCACAACUAUGGCUUCUCUUGAUGACCCGGGGGAAGUGAGGGAAGGCUUCCUGUGCCCUCUGUGCCUGAAGGACCUUCAGUCUUUCUAUCAACUUCAGUCACAUUAUGAAGAAGAACACUCAGAAGAUCGUGAUGUCAAAGGACAAAUUAAAAGUCUUGUUCAGAAGGCUAGGAAAGCAAAGAACAAGUUGUUGAAACGCGAAGGGGAUGAUCGAGUGGAACCAGGGACCCAGGGAUAUGAAUCAUUCAGCUAUGGAGGGGUUGAUCCUUACAUGUGGGAACCCCAGGAGCUUGGUGCUGUGAGAAGCCAUCUUUCUGACUUUAAAAAACAUCGUGCUGCAAGAAUUGACCACUAUGUUGUUGAAGUCAACAAAUUAAUAAUCAGGUUGGAGAAGCUCACUGCAUUUGACAGAACAAAUACUGAGACUUCAAAGAUUAGAGCAAUAGAAAAGUCCGUGGUGCCUUGGGUCAAUGACCAGGAUGUCCCUUUCUGUCCAGACUGUGGAAAUAAGUUUAGCAUCCGGAACCGCCGUCACCACUGCCGCCUCUGUGGGUCUAUCAUGUGCAAGAAAUGUAUGGAGCUCAUUGGCCUGCCCUUGGCAAAUAAGCUCACCAGUGCCAGCAAGGACUCCCUGAGCACCCAUACCAGCCCCAGCCAGUCACCUAACAGUGUCCAUGGCUCCCGCCGGGGCAGCAUCAGUAGCAUGAGCAGUGUCAGCUCAGUCCUGGACGAGAAGGAUGAUGACCGCAUCCGCUGCUGCACACACUGCAAGGACAAGCUGCUCAAGAGAGAGCAGCAGAUGGACGAGAAGGAGCACACACCUGACAUCGUGAAGCUCUACGAGAAACUACGACUUUGCAUGGAGAAAGUUGACCAGAAAGCUCCUGAAUACAUCAGGAUGGCAGCAUCUUUAAAUGCUGGGGAGACGACCUACAGUCUGGAGCAUGCCAAUGACCUUCGAGUGGAAGUGCAGAAAGUGUACGAGCUAAUAGAUGCUUUAAGUAAGAAGAUCUUAACCUUGGGCUUGAACCAGGACCCUUCACCACAUCCAAACACUUUGCGGCUACAGAGAAUGAUCAGAUAUUCAGCUACACUAUUUGUGCAGGAAAAGUUACUGGGGUUGAUGUCACUGCCAACCAAAGAACAGUUUGAAGAACUGAAAAAGAAAAGGAAGCAGGACUUGGAACAGAAGAGGACCAUGGAGAGACAGGCUGCUCUGGAGUCCCGGCGGAAGCUGGAGGAAAGGCAGAGUGGUUUGGCAUCUCCUGCAGCCAAUGGGGAAGUGAGGUCUCUCCGAGGCAUCCCUGCCCCCUUGCGAAAAGCUGAGGGCUGGCUCCCACUGUCGGAAGGUCAGGGACAGAGUGAAGACCCCGACCCUCUCCUCCAGCAGAUCUACAACAUUACGUCCUUCAUCAGGCAGGCCAAGGCCGCAGGCCGCACGGAUGAGGUGCGCACACUGCAGGAGAACCUGCGGCAGCUUCAGGACGAGUAUGACCAGCAGCAGACGGAGAAGGCCAUUGAGCUGUCCCGGAGGCAGGCUGAGGAGGAGGAGCUGCAGCGGGAGCAGCUGCAGAUGCUCCGGAGACGGGAGCUGGAGCGAGAACAGGAGCAGUUCCUGGCGUCAUCCCUGCACACACGGACUCGUGCGCUGGACCUCCGCGAAGUCAUACCCUUCCAGUUGGAGCCCAGCCGCGGGCCUCACAGCGAUCUGGCCUAUGCCUUGGACCCAGCUUCCUCCCCAGUUCUUGGCAGCACUGCUCCAGACACCCUUUCACCUGGCUCAGCUCAAGCACCCGUCCACUUGUGGUCCGGCCCCCCAGCCCUUGGUCAGGAACUGCUCCUCGAGAGCGCCGAAUCACAACCGAGUGAGAAGACCUCUCUCAACCCGUUUGAUGAGGAAGAUCUUUCCAGCCCUACAGAGGGUGCUGCCAGCCCGGCUGCUGUAGAGGCUUUCCCGGGCCCUGCAGCUGCUCUCACCAGAGAAUACAAUCCUUUUGAGGAAGAUGCUGAGGAAGAGGAGGGGGCAGAGCUGGGGGUAGGGAAUCCCUUCACUGACUCAAACAGUGCAACACCCAAUCCCUUUGAUGAGGAUGACCACCCCAGGCCUGCCAGCCCACCUGCCCCUGGGAACCCUUUUGAGGAGUGCCCCUGCACCAACCCCUUCGAGGUGGACAGUGACAGUGGCACAGAGGCUGAGGAGCACAUCGAGGAGGAGCUGCUCCUGCAGCAGAUCGACAACAUCAAGGCUUACAUCUUUGACGCCAAGCAGUGUGGUCGAAUGGACGAGGUUGAAGUGCUGACAGAGAACCUUCGGGAGCUGAAGUGUACCCUGGCUAAGCAGAAGGGGGGCCCUAACUGACAGCAGUGGGCAGGAAGCAGGCAGAGUCUUGGGCAGCAGGGUCCCAAGGGGGAGGAGGAGAUGGGUGGGUAUCUGGACACACAAGGCUGAGGGGUGGGAACAGUAGUCUCUUGCUGUGCUCUUAGAGUCGUUUCCACUACAGUUUAACAAGAACAGAAAACAAAUCGGCAUUCAUUCGCUGGUUUUUCUGUAUUAUUAUUUUUUUAACGAAGUGUUCCCUUUUCAGGGGACUUUACCAUUUUAUUCCUGAGAUACAGUUCAGUGCAACUGUUGGGCCAAGGCAAAUGGCUCCUGCGCACCUCUUGGUCCGUUUCCUGCUGGCUGUUCUUGGUCAUGAUCAGUAUUAUAGAUCAGCCCUUGACAGGCCCCUUUCUGUAGGGGCUCUGGCAGAAGUCCCGAUUUGGCUGCUCCCCUUCACCACCUCCCUUGCUUGGGCUGUCUCCUGGACACUUAGGGAGAUGCUGCUAUGAAGGGAAGUCUGGACCCAGGAGGACCAGUGCCUCUUUAUGGAUGGUGGGGAUGUUGCCAGUAUUGUCCCUUCUCAGUUAAAGAAAGUAGUUUCCAAGUGCAGGGGAGUCAGUGUGAGCUUGAUUACGAGACAGGAGUGACCAGCUUUUUGGUGGAUGUUGUGGUUUGGAGAAGACUCUACCUGGGCAGUUGUCUGUCCCUGGAAGCCUUCCAGGCUUUGGCAGAAUGACUGCUCUCCAGGUCACACUGAAGGGCCUGUAUGUGGUUUGGGAAUCUGACCAGGAAGCUUCUGUGGAGUAUUGGCAGGAGAUGGAACACUUCUGAGUCGGGGGAUACAUUCUAGUAACUUCCAAGGCUCUCCAGUCAGCCUUCUUCACUGUGGUUCAUCCUGACCUGGGAAACUGGUGAGAUGUUUUCUCACUACUUUGAGUACUAAGAAACAGGAAUAUUUGACGCACAGCCUCAGAUCAUUCCACAGUCCUGAAGCACUUGAAUUCUGAUAGGGACAGAAAGGGAAGUUAUGUACUAUAGUGCUUUGGUUUACAGAACAGAUGGGUUGACAGAUGACAUUGUAAGAUCCUGGUGUGCUCAGCUCUGCAUACUCUCUGCAAUGAUGCUCUUUAGUUAAUGGCAAUAAUUGACCACUAGUCACUUUACCCCUGAGCCAUGGCUUCUGUUAGUUAUUGGUGUAUGAGCUGAAAUUCUUUUGUCACAUUCUGGUGAAGAUCCAUCUUGGUGGUAAGAAUGGCAUCUGGGUGCAAAGAUCUCUGUUUUGGCAGCUGUUCAUUAGUACUUGUUGGGGCUUUGUCCUGCUUGGGGCUGUGGGAAGAGUUGGAGAGGGAGGGUAAUGGGGGACCCUUUGGGUUCUGUCAGCAGAUGUUUACUGACUGAUGAGUGCAUUACCAGUGCCAGUCAGUGGCCAGCUCUGUUGGUGUCAUGGGCUGUUCUGGGAGGUGGGCAACCUGGCAUCCAUGUUUCCUGGGGCGGGCAUCUUCUCUUCCUAAGGCCCAGGCUCUAGAUGCUGUUGCCCUAGGAUUCCGGGCAUACCCAGCCUAUCCACCCUGCUUGGACUGCCUUUUGUCUGACCGAAGAGGAGGCAGCUCUCUACACAGAAUGAAGCUGAACACUGGUUCCCACUACCACUUCCUGACAUAGAUCAGGUGUUGAGGGCAGUAUGGCUGUAGACAUUGCUUUUCUUAUGAGACAAGGUUUCUUAAUUAGCUGGUGACUAAAUGUCCUCCUUUCCUGAACUCACCUUCAGGUAGCAGCAGUCUGUGACUGAGAGCAUGGAGAAAACAAAUGCUUUUAGCAACUAUUUUUUAAAUAUCAAUUCAUUGAAUAUUAAACCAAGUAAACUCAGAUUCUAGAGGUUUCACUGACUUUCUCAUUGAAUUCCUCUUUGGCCAUACUCUGUAAGUCAGACAUGACAGGGGAGACUUGCCUACCCUUUGUAUCACUUCCUAGAAUGUAUGUAGGUCAAGGUUGGUUUGCAGAGGGAGUUGGCCUAUGAGUGUAACUACACAGUGUAUCUCAUGUGAACACUUCAUGAUUCCAGAGGCGCUUCACCUGAUCAGUAAAGGAGCACGUCCUUGGUAGAGAGUUGGCAGAUCUCCUAGAUGGAGGUCAUGUUCAUCUGUGGAAGGGCUUCUGGUUUUGUCCGCUUCUAACACACUAAGGACCUAGAGCCUCACUCACCACACUUACCGCUCAUCGUGUGUUUGUUGUCAGAUGCUGAAAUGUCCUAAGUCAUCAUGAGCCAGGCGACAUAAGCCAUAGGCCAUUCCAUUCAGAUUGAGGAGUUGGUCUCUGUACUAGGUCAGACUAGAGCACGGUGUGUUGGUAAUCAUGGUGACUGUUACCUUGAUGGUCAUUGAUGCGCAUGCACUACACUGGGGCCUUGUAUCAGAGGCUUUUAUUAAAAAAAUAAAAUAACA